GUCUAUGCAUUAAUUGUUUAUCUAUCUAGCUAUCUUUGUUGAUAAUCAACGUGAUGGGCUAGACCGCUCCUUGUCACACAGAUGUAUCCUACCAUCCAAUACAUGUAUGCCAUGCGCCGAAGUUGGUACUUCCCAAGUCGGCGGAACCGUGAUCUGGGCGACCCGUCUUUUGAUGGCAGCAUGAGUCUUCAAGCCCAAAAUCUCCCAUCGUGCCCUAAGCUCAAACGAGGGGACUAUUCGUUGGGGGAACCCUUUCAGCCGUUGGGGUGAAGGAAGGCAUCAUGGAACAUCAGGGCCUAGUAGGAGUCCAACGCGAGAGGGGGUUGAGUCUACUGAAAAACUCUAUUUUCUCCUGAUGCUUCCAUGCCUGGGCUCGCACCUCGACCCUCCCCGCCGCCCGAUGAUGAGUGCGGGCAUCAUUACCGACUGGUCCUCUUUGCUUGUCAGCUAUCCGUUAUGAACACUGCCUCCGAUCACAGUAGGAGCCAUGGAACUGCAACCACAUCCAGGAAGUGUCACCCUAUCCUAAUGCCUUGCCAUGUGAGUUAUCGGUGGUUGAGUGAGUAGAGUCUGUCAAUCCAUGGUGACUUGGCGGCCACGCACUAUCACUAUCCCAUGUUACCCCCACGUGCUGGCUGGACUCCAGAAAGCCCCCGAGUCAGAGUCCGCUUUCAUGAAUACAAAGAACCAAGGCAACAUGUGCGGACCCUUUCAGCACAUUGUUGUUACCCUGCAGACCCU